CAAGUUUGCAUGCAAUUAUCUCUCAUGUCUGAAAAGCCUAUGAACUUUCGAAAUGAGUGAGUCGCUGAUAUCUCCUUCUCGCUGGUGGAAAAGUUCUGUCAUUGUUCUUCAACGUGAAGUCACCUGGAACCUGUUUCUUGCAGGGCAUUAACCCAGCAUGCAGAGUUAUUUAGCUGUACUUAGGAAUUGACCAGUCCUGUGUCAAUUUCUUUUCUUUUUUUUUUGCUGAAAGAUUCCUCUCAGGAUGGAGGCCAACAACUCCAGCCUGGUUGAUGAAGCACAGCCCCUGUUCAUUCUUCCUCUGGCGCUGGUCAUCUUCCUCACAAUGUUUGGGAACCUGCUGGUCAUCUUGGCUAUUGUUCGCACCCCUCUGCUCCACACCACCACCAAUGUCUUCAUCAUCUCCCUGGCCUUUGCGGAUCUCAUCAUGGGUUGUGUGGUCCAGCCUUUGGGCGCCAGCAUGAUGGUGAGCGGGAAAUGGCUUUUAGGGGACAAGUUAUGUGACUUGUGGACGUCCGUGGACGUGCUUUGUGUCACGGCUAGCAUAGACACGUUGUGUGUCAUUGCCGUUGAGCGCUAUUUUGUGGUCACAAGACCUUUUGGGCAUAAGGAACUGCUUGGUAAGCGCAGAGCUGGCUAUAUCGUCUGCACGGUGUGGAUAGUGGCAUCCCUAGUUUCCUUCGUGCCAAUCAUGAACCAUUUUUCCCGUGCAGAAUAUGAUGCGGCAAUAAAUUGUUAUAAUGAAUCAGAAUGCUGUGAUUUCCAUACUAACAAGCCCUACACCAUCUUCUCCUCAGGGGUGUCCUUCUAUGUGCCCCUCGUUAUUAUGGUGUUUGUGUAUGGGAAGGUGUUCAUCAUCGCGACCAGACAGUUGAAACUCAUUGUCAAGAACAGACUCCGCUUUCUGAACACAUGCACAGAAGACUCUUGUGAAAGUUCGUUGCGUAAUUUACGCCGGAGGUCAACGAGGCAUGUUGUAAAAGAACACAAGGCGGUCAAAACGCUGGGGAUUAUUAUGGGCACCUUCAUUCUCUGUUGGCUGCCCUUCUUUUUCUUCCAAAUCAUCAAAGUUUUUAAUCCCGAAGUGCUGUCGAAGGAAGUGUUCCUCCUGUUGAACUGGCUCGGUUACACCAAUUCAGGCCUGAACCCAAUCAUCUACUGCCACAGUCCCGAGUACCGCACCGCAUUCCUCAAUCUUCUAGGAUACAAAAAACUCAAGCGGUUACAUUACGACACAGCGCACAAACAUCUAUGGACCCUCAGCUCAUUCAUCCAAAGCAACGGUUCUGUAAAUAUGGAUUGCUUAGGUCACGAAGCUCCAUCUGCCAAGGGUGGGAACGUUUGCUCAGACAUGUGUACAGUUUUCAAAGAAGAAGAGGUGGAAACUCAGCCUCACAAUGACUCAAACGCGGCACAGAUCAAUGUAGCAGAGAUGUCAAAGGGCCACUGAAGAUGGGAAACAGAUCCUUUGCUUUUCAUGAGAAUUAACUGUUCCCGAACGUCAUGUUUUUCAACUGGACCUUGAUUGUUUUACAUUUAAACCAUGUGCACCGGCAAAACAGCCAAAUCCUUAGGUAAAGAGCAGCAAAGUGGAAAAAUGAUAUCGAGAACAAACCGUGACAUAAAAAUGAUCACGCGGUGACAGUUUUUUAAACUUUAAACAGAAUGAAACUGGAAACUGAAGUCCUAAACUGUCAUCUCUUUACCUCACAAAUCAUCAAAAACAAACCUGUGUAGAUGUUUUUUUCCCAUGUUUCCAGUUCUCUUGCCCAUUGGAUGGAAACAUUAUCAGAAAAAUAAUUAUGCAGUAGCACAUGCACAGCAGUAGUGUUUGUGCUGCUGCCCUUGUGCCAUCUAGUUUGUUUUAUCUUACAAAUCCUCAAAAUAUCAAAAUAUAAACUUAUGAGAUAUAAACUAGGAAUUCUGCAUUUUUGUGUUUCUGCCAUAAAAAAGUACUUGUCACUUUUCUUCUCAGUUUAUCUCUCAAUUGUAAGUUCAUAUCUCACAAUUAUGAAUUUUUUUUUCAAUUGUAAGUUUACAUCUUACUAUUCCAUAUAUUCCGUCUAUUCUUCUCAGAAUGCCAACAUCUUACAAUUCCUUUACAUCUUACCAUUCCAUCUAUUCUUCUCAGAAUUUCGAGUUUAUUUCUCACAAUUCUGACCCUCUUGCAAUUUUAACCAAACGUCUGAAUUAUGAGAUGUAAUAUCAGAAUUGCGAGAAAAUAGUCAGCAUCAGAGACUUUCUUGCAAUUCCGAGUUUACAGUCUGCACUUUUGAGUGUAUAUCUUGCAAUUCUGACUUUAUUUCUCAGAAUUCUGAGUUAACAUCACACAAUUAAAUUUUUCUCAGAAUUCUGAGAUUACAUCUCACAAUGCUGUUUUUUGUUUUUUUGCCACAGCAUUUU